CAAGCUGGUGUCCAGAUUGGGAAUGCUUGCUGGGAACUCUAUUGCUUGGAACAUGGAAUCCAACCAGAUGGCAUUGUUCUUGACAGUACCAAGGAUCAGUUGCCAAAUGCUAAAAUGGAGCACAGGAAAGCAUCUUUUGAUAACUUCUUCUGUGAGACAAGAGCUGGGAAGCACGUGCCCAGAGCACUCUUCAUGGACCUGGAACCAACUGUUAUAGAUGGGAUUCGGACCGGGAAGUACUGCUCACUCUUCCACCCAGAGCAACUCGUCAGUGGAAAGGAGGAUGCUGCAAACAACUAUGCCCGAGGUCGCUACUCCAUGGGGUCAGAGAUCAUCGACCUUGCAGAACAGUGCAGUGGACUCCAGGGAUUUUUGAUUUUCCGAAGCUUUGGAGGAGGCACUGGAUCAGGAUUUACAUCUCUGUUAAUGGAACGGCUCUCGAUAGAAUAUAGCAGGAAGACUAAGUUGGAGUUCUCUGUCUACCCAGCCCCCAGGAUCUCCACUGCUGUGGUGGAGCCUUACAACUCCAUCCUCACCACCCAUUCAACCAUUGAGUACUCAGACUGUACCUUCAUGGUGGACAAUGAGGCCAUUUAUGACAUAUGCCACCACAAACUUGGUGUCGAACGCCCCUCUUAUGCCAGCAUUAAUAGGUUGAUAGGUCAAGUGGUGUCUUCCAUUACUGCUUCUCUCCGGUUUGAAGGGCCCUUGAAUGUAGACCUAAUUGAAUUCCAGACCAACCUAGUACCCUAUCCCAGAAUACAUUUCCCCAUGUCAACCUUUGCCCCCAUCAUCUCUGCCGACAAAGCCUACCAUGAGCAGUUCUCUGUGUCAGACAUCACCGCCGCUUGCUUUGACUUCUCCAACCAGCUGGUCAAGUGUGAUCCUCGGCUUGGGAAGUACAUGGCCUGCUGCCUACUGUACAGAGGGGAUGUGGUCCCUAAGGAUGUGAAUACAGCAAUUGCAGCCAUGAAGUCGAGGAAGUCUGUUCAGUUUGUAGACUGGUGUCCCACUGGUUUUAAGGUGGGCAUCAACAAUCAGCCACCCACCGUGGUGCCGAGAGGGGACCUGGCCAAAGUCCAGCGGACCGUCUGCAUGCUGAGCAACACCACGGCCAUUGCGGAGGCCUGGGCCCGCCUGGACCACAAGUUUGACCUCAUGUACACCAAGCGGGCAUUUCUGCAUUGGUACAUUAAAGAAGGCAUGGAAGAAGGGGAGUUCUCAGAAGCCAGGGAGGAUUUGGCGGUGCUGGAGAAGGAUUAUGAGGAAGUGGGGCUAAGUUUUUGA